AUUCUAUUUCGCUAUUCGCCCGCCAUUGGACUCGAUCGGACACGAACCAACACGAACAUUUUAUUGGAGUAAGCAGGCGUGGAACGAUGAUGCCUCAUUGUCAGUCCAACUUCCGGCAAUACAUCCUUUUUGUACGAGUCUGCGCAUUAAGCGUCCGUGUUGGCGCGUCUUAGGACAUAACACGCUAUUUCGGCUAUUUUAUAUCAUUAAAAAGAACUAUAACAAAAUAGCAGUCCAGUGAAUCACGAACAGAAUCUAACAUAAAUUAACAAUCUUCCUUUACAAUACUAAAACUGCUAUUAUUUUCACCGAACGGAGAAAAAUUACACAAGUCCCAAUAGGGUGACUUUAAAUAAUAAUAAAAAAAAAGGAAAGGAAAAAGCGAUAAUAUUGUUCUUAUUUAUUGAAGUCAGUUCAUUUGUUGAGUAACCUUGCUUUCCUCUCACUUCAUUGAGUCGGUUACGACUGAUAGUUUUCUCCACGAGUGAAAGAGUAAACCGAAACUAACAUGGACAUAAACGAACUUGUUGAAGUGUUGCAAGCAACAUUGGACCCGGCUCGCCGUGAGCAAGCCGAGCAGAAGCUUCAUGAGGUCCACAAGAUUGCUGGGUUUGCUCCCACCUUGAUGAUGCAGGUGGUCAUGUCAGAUGAUUUGGAAAUGCCUGUACGACAAGCUGGUGUCAUCUAUUUCAAAAACAUGGUGAUCCAAUUCUGGCAUGAUCGUGAAGCUGAACAAGUGUCAGAUCCUUUGCCAUUCAACAUCCAUGAACAGGAUCGAGACGCUAUUCGAAAUAACAUAAUUGAAGCUGUCAUUCACACCCCUGAUACCAUCAGUACUCAGCUGUGUGUAUGUCUCAGUACUAUGAUAAAAUAUGAUUAUCCGGGAAGAUGGCCUGACCUUACAGAGAAGAUUUCUAGGUACAUACAAUCUGAAGACCACCGUACAUGGAUGGGAGCUCUCAUGUGUCUCUACCAAUUAGUCAAAGUUUAUGAAUAUAAAAGAUUAAGUGACCGAGAAAUACUUCAUCAAGCCAUGGUGGUCCAUUUACCUCUCAUCUACAAGAUGAUGCUUCAGAUAAUGCCAGAUCCAUCCAUUGAAUCAAAUCUUUUACAAAAGCAAAUUUUAAAAAUAUUUUAUGCAUUAAUACAAAAUUUUCUCCCAUUGAAUUUGAUUGACCAAGAAGUAUUUACUCGCUGGAUGGAAAUAAUUCGCCAAAUAGUUGAUCGCGCAAUUCCUGAGGCUGCUAAUCAAGUGGAUGAAGAGGAGCGACCAAGUCUGCCUUGGUGGAAAGUUAAAAAGUGGGCUUUACAUAUUCUGGCAAGGACAUUUGAACGGUAUGGCAGCCCUGGUAAUGUAAUCAAAGACUAUACAGAGUUUGCUAAUUGGUACCUGAAAAGCUUUACUUGUGGUAUCAUUCCUGUUCUUUUGAAUUUACUCGAUCAAUAUCGAAAGAAAAUGUAUGUUGCUCCCAGAGUUAUGCAGCAGACACUCAACUAUCUGAAUCAAGGAAUCAGCCAUGCCUUCUCCUGGAAGUGUAUCAAGCCACAUAUAGUAGUGAUAAUUCAAGAUGUUGUGUUUCCUUUGAUGUGUCAUAGUAAUGAAGAUGAUGAACUAUGGACUGCAGAUCCCCAUGAAUAUAUUCGCAUGAAAUUCGAUAUGUUUGAAGAUUUUCUGUCACCAGUUGUUGCUGCCCAAACUUUGUUCCACUCUGCAGUUGGUAAACGAAAAGAAGUUCUUCAGAAGGCCAUGGGAUUUUGUAUGUCCGUAUUGACACAGCCUAAUGUGGAUCCAAGACAGAAGGAUGGUGCUCUUCAUAUGAUUGGAGCUGUAGCUGACAUUCUUCUUAAGAGAAAAAUUUACAAAGAUCAAGCCGAAAUGAUGCUUACUACUCAUGUUUUUCCUGAAUUUCGCAGUCAACAUGGUUAUCUUAGAGCUAGAGCUUGUUGGAUGCUCCACUAUUUUAGUGAACUUCGUUAUAAGCAAGAUAACAACUUGAUGCAAGCACUUGAAUUGAGCAAAGAAUGUUUGUGUAAUGAUAAUGAGUUACCUGUCAAGGUUGAAGCUGCAAUAGCACUUCAGAUGCUGGUUACCCAACAUGACAAAGCCAAGCAAUUUGUACGUCCUCAUAUCAAGCCAGUUAUUUUAGAGGUACUAAGAAUCAUUCGUGAAACAGAGAAUGAUGAACUGACAAGUGUGUUGCAACGCUUAGUUUGUAAUUAUGUUGAGGAUGUAUUACCUAUUGCUGUAGAAAUGAUGACACAUUUGGCUCAAACCUUCCACCAGCUCCUGAAUGCUGAUAUUGAAUCAUCUGAAGACAAAGUCAUUACUGCUUUAGGUGUACUUAAUACAAUGGCUACUAUUCUAGAUGUGAUGGAAGGGAAAAAGGAGAUGAUGUCGCAACUAGAAGGCAUUGUACUCAAUGUUGUGGCCUUGAUUCUUCAGCAAAACAUCAUUGAUUUUUAUGAAGAAGUUUUAUCUCUGAUAUGUAGUCUAACUAGUACUCAGAUCUCGCCUCAAAUGUGGCAAGUAUUUGGGAUGCUGUAUCAAAUGUUUCAGACUGAUGGAAUAGAUUAUUUCACUGAUAUGAUGCCAGCUUUGCAUAACUAUGUAACUGUGGAUACACCUAGUUUUCUAUCGCAAAGAGAACACUUGGAAGCUGUUUACAACAUGUGUAACACAGUGUUAUUUGCUGAUAUAGGAGAAGAUGCAGAGUGUCAUGCUGCUAAACUCCUUGAAGUUAUUCUUUUGCAAUGUAAAGGACAAGUUGAUCAGGUUGUACCAUCAUUUGUUGAACUAGCUUUAAAACGAUUAACCAAAGAAGUAAAAACAUCAGAACUGAGGACAAUGUGUUUACAAGUUGUUAUUGCUGCUCUUUAUUACAAUCCACCAUUGUUAUUUCAAACUCUCCAGAAAAUACAUAUUCCCAAUGUUACAUGUUCCAUAACUUCACAAUUUCUCAAUUACUGGCUUGGUGACAUUGACUGUUUCCUUGGUCUCCAUGACCGAAAAGUAAGUGUCCUUGGUCUGUGUUCAUUAAUUAAUACACCAGGAAAUAGACCUAAUGAAAUCACUGAAAUAGCUCGACAUAUCCUUCCAGCAGUGUUGUUACUUUUCAAAGGAUUGAAACGAGCUUAUGCCAGUAAAGCUCAGGAAUUGGACUCUGAGGAGGAGGAAGAAGAUGAAUUGGAAGAUGGAGAGCAAGAUAUUUUGGAAAGUGAUGAAGAUGAAAUCAAUGAAGAAGGUCAGGAAUAUAUUGAGAAACUAGAAAAGUGCCAACAAUCAGAUGAAGACACAGAUGAUGACUUCACAGAAGACGGUGCCGAUGAAACUGCAUUAGAAAGUUAUUUGACUCCUUUGGAUGAUGAAGACUGUCUUAUUGAUGAAUAUAUUGUAUUUAAGGAUGUCCUUACUUCCCUUCAGACAGCAGAUCCUACCUGGUACAGUGCCUUGACUUCUAGUCUUCAUGAUUACCAAGCUAAAGAAUUGGAAGAAGUAUUUCGUUUGUCUGAACAACGGAGAGCUGCAGCAGAAUCGAAGAGAAUUGAACAGAGUGGAGGAUAUGUCUUUGCAAAUAUUAAUGUGCCAUCAUCAUUCAACUUUGGCCAGAUGGGUCCUUGAAUCUUCUCUGAUUGCUGGUGUAUCACAAAGAAACUGUUCUUUUGCCAAUGGACUUCUGUUAUGCCAGCAACUAUUCAUGUACAUACCUGUAAACAAUGCCAAAUGGCAAGUCUUUAUUGCAAAACCUGAAACUUUGCUAUUGGGCCUAACUGGCUCAGUAGGAUUGGCUGCUGCUUUCUCUUCCUCUUAUGUUAGAUAUUUUAUUUUCUCAUUUAUCAUUUAUGAAUAUUUUCAUUUUAUUAGCUUCUAAUUUACUCUUAACACCUAUGUCAUGUCACCACUUCUGCUCUAUUACCUCCUAUUCCCUUCCACUUGUUUUACAAAACAGUCCUUUUUUUUCUGUUCUGCUAGACCCUCUUCAGUUUUGUUCUUCACAAUCCCUCUUCUCAUUUUUUUCCAUAAUACUUAUUUCAUGCCACUGUUGAUUUUCAGUGGAGAAAGUUUUUAAUAGUUAGAAACUUUUAUUUAAAACAGUUCUUAUGGAUUAACAAUGGUUCAUUUACUUCAAAUCUCCUGUUUUGUUUAACCUCUUUCUGUAUGCUAUCUUUCAUUUCAUUCCAUUUUAUUUAUUGUUUUGAUUUUUACUUUUCCCUAUAUUUGAUUUCUCCUGAAAUCUACAAUUUAAAAAGAAAAAGCCAUCUCUAGCUACAAAAACACAGCCAAAUCCUAUUGACUUAAUUAUAUUUUUAAGCUCCUAUCAACUUGUUGCCUUUCUCUCUAGUGUGAUUGCUUUGUUUGUUGGAAUGAUUUGCAAUGAGACUUAAUUUUAUUUUUAAACACCCUCCCACAACAUACAACAACAACAAAAUUUCCAUAAAAAUGAAAACAAAAUAUAUUACAUACCGAAGAAAGCCUGAAGCAGUCGACUAUCCCCUCCUCACAAAUAUUUUGUUAUGGAUUUCUUCACAAACAGUAAUUUUAUUUGAUAAUAGGUAAUUUUUGUUAUAUUAUACACAUGCUGUACACAUACGUGUGUGUAUGCAGACACAUAUGCAUGCACACACACACACACACCACGCGCACACACACGCACACACACACACACACACACACACACACACACACGUCAUAAUAUUCAUAUUUUGACUGGUAUUGUUUACUAUUGUAAUGACGUUCAAUGUCUAUGUUGAUCAGGUACUGAACUUGUGUAAACUCCUAAGUUCAUUUCCUGCUGCAAGCAUUGCAUUGCACCUUUAGGUCAUAAUGCCUAAAGUUUCAUGCCUCAUUAAGCCAAUAUUAUAAUUUAUUCUUUAUUGUCAUAAUAUGAAUAUGUAUCUCCCUCUCCCAAUUCGAUGCCUUCUGGUUUCAGUUCAUUCUUUAUUUGAAUUUUUUGUGCUGAAAUUGAAGUGUGAAAAUAUUUAGGUCAUCUGAAUAUUUAGAAUAUGUAUAGUAAAGUGGUAGGAUGUUUUACUCUACAUUUUCCAAGACAUCUAUCAAUGAAAGAUCCCUUGGAAAUGUCCAGUUAAUUGCUGCUACUUAUCUAAUUAUGUACGAGCAGCUCAUUAAGAAUAAUGAUAGCUUGUUAGCUUGCUUUCCAUGUUAACCUACAAUAUCUAUUGUCAUUGUUUUGUUUUCUACAACUUCUCCAUGCUACUAGUAGAUUUCAGGAAGGCAGUGCGCUUAUUGUCUUGUUGGGUGGAGGACAUUAGUUUACAUCCUUGAAUUUAGUUACCUGAAUUUACAACUUAUGAGUUUAAUUUGCCAUUUCUCCAAAUUUGUGUCUUGAAAUAGGUUACUUCCCUCUUUGCUUUUCUCUGAUAGUUUGUUACACACACACACAAACACAUACACACACAUGUCACUGAUACUUUUGAUGGCUAUCUUUAAUUUGAUUAAUCAACUGUUGGAUCUUGUUUCUUAUGCAAUGCAAAAAGUUUACAUCUUAGAUUAUACUGACAUUUAGAAGUAUGAUAUCUAGAAUUAGAGGAGUAUUCUGCUGUUUGUGAAUAUUUGAAAUAUCAUGUACUUAAAUUAACAAUGCAAUUUUCCUGUCAUUAUUCCACCCACUAGGAUCUUGUUUUGCAUUUAUGUUUUUCUGUAGAAACAUUUCCAGUUUAGAUUUUGCAAAAUGAGGUAAAAGUUUACUUUCUUUUGCAUUGAUAAUAAAAUACGUCUUAGAUUGUUCCUGCAACUUCAAUAUUUAGGCAUUUGUAAUUUUUUACUCUAAUUUUUACUCUAAAGUUUUUAAUGACUAGAAUGUAUUAAUAGUUUUAGUAGGUGAAACUAAUGACACUUUUUGAGGAUGUUUGCCACAAAGUUGUUUCAUGCUUAAGUUAAACUUUUUCGCAAUUUUCAUUUUGUGGCUAUUUUCUUGAUAUCUAAAAGUCUUUUUCAACAAAUGAUAAUGUUAAGGAAAGUAGCUUUUUUAUUUCAUAGUUUGUGUGUGUGUGUACUCGUUUAUUAUUAUAAUUUGUUUUAGCAUGGAUUAUUAUUAUUGUCAAAAGUGUUUCUUAAGUUAACUGUUUUUAAAACUCUUCUGGAAAAUGUCAAUAUUAUGGAAUUGUUUAACCUUUCUUCAAAUCACCCAAGGAUGCAAUCUGAUUCAGCUCUGUACAUUUAGCCUUCAUAGUAUGGGUCUUUCUCUGAUAUGUUUAUUCUGCAGUACAGUAUGGAAGCAAGGAGUUUUCAUUGACUGCCUUUGGUUGUUAAAGGGUUGAAAAAAUUUUUUUUGCCUAUUUUAUUGAAAUCUCUGGGGGGGGGGGGGAAGGGGUGACAAUGUUAGAUUUCUUUUUUGUUGCAUAUAAUCCCCUUGGUCAAAUAGUUUGGGAUUGAUUUGCAAGAUAUCAAAAAAUCAUUAUCACGUUGAUAAAUUUAAUUGGCAACGAUGAAGUUCAUUUUUUUGAAAAUUUGUAAAUAUUUAUAUACAUAUGUAUCUUCACAAUUUACCAAGAUGAACUGAAAUUUCUCUCCUCACUUCCCUGUCCUAUGGCCAUGCUAAUCUGAUGUAUACUAAAAGGAAGAUAACUUAAACAUUUUCAAUUCUCUUCCACAUAUGUAUAAAAUGUGGAAAUUAAAUUAGCUCCAUUCAGUGACAUUGAAACAUUUUUCUAAUUUCUUAGUGUUAAGAUAAAUAUUUUUCAUCUUAGUCUCAGAAUAAUAUUGUAUAAAGUCGUUUGAUAACUCAUCAUGUUAUCACUGACAGCUGCUAGCAAUUUAGUAACAAGCCAUAAACUGGUUCAUCAGUUAAUUUCCCCUUAGAUAGCAUUUUAACACCCCCUAAAGUUUUUUUUUAUUGGCAAUUUCAACCAGUUUUUGUGUAUUUUCUUAACAUUUCCACUUCAAGGUGUAGACACUUUAUAUCUUUACUUCGGUUACAGAAAACAAUGAAACAUUAGGAUCAGCACAGGUUAUGUUUUGUGCAAUUUGCGACUCUGUUGAUUAGAGUGCACCGGUCAGUCCACAGCCAAUAGAAGUUUGGAGUUGUUUUUUGGUACUUAUGGAAUUCAUUAUUCGUGGGAUAUGAAUAAUGGCCUAAUGAAUAAAUAAUAUUUUUUUAUAUACAAUAUGAAAAAAAAGUUUAAAAAAAUUACCAAGAAAACAUAGUUCCACCAAUUUUUUUUUAAAUUGGUAAAGAUUUGUUGUUCUUGACAUUUGUGUACAGGGAACAGGUAUUCAGCCAGUUCUUAAUGACAUUGACAAUAUGCCAUAUACUGAAAUUGUCCACCUAUUGGCUGAAAAAGAUGUCUGUGAUAAAUUAAGAGAUUUAAAUUAUAUAAAAAAAAAAUCUUAACAAAAAUAUGGCAAUUUAUGGCUUCAAUGUUGAUAGAUUUGAUUUUUUUUUUCAUUUUUUUUUUUCAAGUAUGGCAGGUUUAUAAAAAAAUGAAAUUUAAGCCCUGCUCAUUUUUGAAGCUAUUGAAUAUUGCUGGAUGUAUAUGCAAUAUUCGAAUCCUAUAUGUCUAAAAAAGUUAUAUAUGUGGUGUGUAUGUAUAUAUGUGUAUGCAGACACUCACACAUGUAAGUAUUAAAUUUUGCUAAUGUAGUUACUUGAUUACAAGUAAACAUGUAACAUAAAAAAUACCACCCUCCACAAAUGUAGACUUUUGAAAGUGUCUACUAGUUUAAAACAUUGGUUUGUAGAGCCAUAUGAUGUGACGUUCAUCAUCCCCCGCCCCUAUUUUAUUUCUUUACAAUUUAGUUUCAUAACUUAUCUCUCCUUCGAACACUUGCUUGCAUUUUUUUUUCUCCUCUUUAUGACUAACAAUGUUGGUAGUAGAGAGAGAGAGUGAAAGAGAGAGAGUGUGUGUGUGUGUGUGUGUGCGUGUGAAGAAGAGAGAGAGAAGCUAUGUGUAUGUGUGUGUUCAUGAAAGAUUUAAUCUGUGAUAGCUGUUGAAGUUGGGGCUGUGAUUGCUCCCAUGGAAAACCUGGUUCUUAUUCUUUUAGACCUGGUUCAGUUGAUUGGUUCAAUUGACUCUACAUUACUGGCUGAUCUGCCACCAAUCCAACUGUUUUCUAUUGUUGUUGCUGCUGCUGCUACAAUAUUACAACAACUGUUACUAUUAUUAAUGAUAUAUAAAGUAUGAAGACCGUCACUACCAUUACCAUUGUUGCUGUCGCUGCCUUUGUAAAUCUUUGAUGCCUGGUUUAUUACUGUUCUCAGCUAGUCAUCACAUCCAGAUAAUUAUUUUUUAUCCUGCUUCUAGAUUAGGACCACCACCACUACCACCACCACCACCACCACCACUAUUACUACUACUACUACUACUACUACUACUACUACUACUACUCUGUAUCAGUGAUGAUAACACUGAGUGAUGUUAAGUACUGAUCUUCUGCAAAUAAAAUUCUUUUAAAGAUUGUU